AUGACGGAACGAGUCGUAGCGAGUCGGCCAAACCUAGAGCAAAUGGUGGCAAUUAUCGAAUUCAUGGAGCAACACCCAGUAUUGGGACUCAGUCAGAUGAGAGGUAUGGAGGGACGAAAUGAGAGCAAAAAGCUUUGGUUAAAACUCACCAGUAUUGUUAAUAAUAUGAAAGGUCCCACACGGCCCAUGAAAUCAUGGGUAAAGUUCUGGGCAGAUAAAAAAUCUACUGUAAGAGCAAAAGUUGUAACAAGUGGUGGUGAUCCAAGUAUUCUAGGUUCUAGUAUUGAAAGAAGGAUAUGGGACAAGUUCCUACAUAAUGAUUCUGGAUAUAAACCCCGAAGUUCAAUUAAAGUAGAAUCACAUUAUAUACCAGAGAACAACUAUUUAAACGAAGAGAGUACUGAAGAAAAUAAUGAUAUCGAUGAUGAAGUAAUAAAUUUUGAUGAACCAGCAAUAGAAUCUGUAGCAGAUACUAUGUCAUUGGAGGAACGGAAUAUGAUCCUUAUGGAAAAACUGGUCAAAGUGAUGGGUGAACAAGCCACGGCUAUGUCUCAGUUAGCACAUGCUUCUCAGGUCAGCUCUCAAGCUAUGGAGAGGUUAGCUGAAGCUUCUCAAAUUCAGUCGCGAGCAAUCGAACGGCUCGCAAACACAUUCGAAGCAAUCGGUUCUACGGCGCAUCAUAUCGGAACUACCAUUGUCGACAUUGACACGACCAUGAAAAGAUUCUAUAGUACAACGCCCACAUAG